AUGGUUUGCAGUAGGAAGACCCAGACCUGGGGAACCGGAGAGCAGUUAGGCCAACGCUCGCCAGCUUCUUCAGGGCUCACGCCUGUGGUUUCGGCUCUCUGUUCCUUCACAGCAGCACCGGGUCGCAGACCCGAGCGAUCUGAAUCGGACUUUCAUGUGCUUGUUUGGUUUUCUCCUGUAAACUGUGCAACUGCCGGGAAGAGCCCAGCCCUUUGCACAUUUUAUUUUGCAACCAAAUCCCCGCUGCCCGCCAAAGAGUCUCAUCAAAACCUCCACAUGGGAGACGUGGAGUGGGUGCGACCGUCGCUCCCAGGACGGCCCGGGCGCCUACUGAGCAAGCACGAACUUUCAGGGACUCACGCUGUGACACUCAGCCUGCCCUUCUUCGCCCUGCCUGGGAAAGUCUCGGCCAGCUCCCAGGGGGCCGAGGGAACCCGCACCCCUAAUCCCUGCUGCAGUACGCCCCAGCCCCAGCAGGCGAGCCUGUCUCGGGUUCCCUUUCUGGGGCGCAGUAACCGAAGUUCCCAGGCCGGUCACGCAGACCCGCGGACUCCUUACCUCCGCUCUCGGCGCUGGCCAGCAGCUGUCCGGCCAGGCGGAGCUGGUUGCUCCCGAAAGGGAAGGACGUCUUCAGGUUCCAGCAAUCCCACUUUGGGCCACUUCGCUGCUUCAGCCCUCAGCGCGGGAACUCGCGGAGCCCAGAUGGAGACCGACAGGGGGCGACAAACUACCUGGCGGGCAGUUCCUCAAGUUAGGGAAGGGGUAUCCCCAAGUGUUCGCGCAAAGGUUGCGAAAGGGCGCGGAGGGCAGGAGCGCUCAGUUCUCCCUUCCGCGACCGUACUCUUGGAGCGAGACCCAGGAGGUUCUCCCUGGACUUGGCGGUCCGGGGUCCGGCGGGUCACCUCGGGGGCGCGCCCGAGUGCAGCCCGCAGCCCGUGGUUAACCGGCGGUGUUUUCUUCUCCCUGGCUGGCUCUCGUCGGGGCGUCGCAGAGCAGACCUACGGCGAAGUGAACCAGCUGGGCGGUGUGUUCGUGAACGGCCGCCCCCUACCCAACGCCAUCCGCCUGCGCAUCGUGGAGCUGGCGCAGCUGGGCAUCCGACCCUGUGACAUCAGCCGGCAGCUGCGAGUCUCCCACGGCUGCGUGAGCAAGAUCCUGGCUCGCUACAACGAGACCGGCUCCAUCCUGCCCGGGGCAAUCGGAGGCAGCAAGCCGAGAGUCACCACUCCCAACGUGGUCAAACACAUCCGGGACUACAAACAGGGGGACCCCGGCAUCUUCGCUUGGGAGAUCCGUGACCGGUUGCUAGCCGACGGCGUCUGUGACAAGUACAACGUGCCCUCGGUGAGCUCCAUUAGCCGCAUCCUGCGGAACAAGAUAGGCAGUCUGACGCAGCCCGGGCCGUAUGAGUCCAGCAAGCAGCCGCCACCCCAGCCCGCACUACCGUACAACCCCAUCUACCAGUAUCCCUAUCCCAGUCCUGUGUCGCCCACGGGCGCGAAGAUGGGCGGCCACCCCGGGGUCCCCGGCUCGGCGGGCCAUGUCAGCAUCCCGAGGUCGUGGCCCUCGGCGCAUUCGGUCAGCAAUAUCCUGGGCAUCCGGACGCUGAUGGAGCAAACAGGCGCCCUGGCUGGGAGUGAAGGCGCUACCUACUCCCCCAAGAUGGAAGAGUGGGCCGGGGUGAAUCGUACUCCCUUCCCUGCCACUCCUGUGGUGAACGGGCUUGAGAAGCCAGCCUUGGAGACGGACAUUAAAUACACCCAGUCUACCUCGGGGCUCUCAGCCGCCAUGGGCGGCUUCCUCCCAGCCUGCGCCUACCCGACCUCCAACCAGCACAGCGUGUACAGCACGCCAGGCGGAGGCUACCUCGCCCCGGGCCCGCCUUGGCCACCAGCGCAGGGACCCCCGCUGGCGCCGCCCGGGGCUGGCGUCUCAGUGCACGGCGGGGAGCUCGCUGCAGCCAUGGCCUUCAAGCAUCCCAGCCGAGAAGGCUCCGACCGGAAACCCCUUAGCCCCGGCAGCAAGGCCGCGGAUGCCCUUAGUAGCUUGCACGGACUGUCGCUCCCGGCCACCUCCUCCUAG